CAGUGCCAUGAAACUGAAUCCACAGCAAGCCCCAUUAUAUGGUGAGUGUCUGUUGACUGUCCAGCUCUGUGAGGAAGAGUGUGUCGAGGAUGAGGAGGAUGUAGAGUUUUACCUGCUAUUCGCCGGCUCCACCCAGAGGCACGUUUCCAGCACUUUGAAAGUCAGCCAUGUCACGCUGCAAGCCGUGUGCCCAGCUCAUGAUCGCAGUGAAACUGUGCGGGUCACGCUGUGCCAGGCCCGGCCCGGAGGCUCAGUGGACCCUGUGGCUGAGGAAUGCUUCCAGUUCGUGCAGGACCUUGCCCUGGACAUGGCCCAGUUCCUGGUGAAUGCGGCUGGGAAGACAGAGGGAGCGUUACUUCUGGACGAGUGUCAAAUCCCCCUGAAGGAGUGUGAGAGGUUGGAUGAUACUCUGGCUCUUGCUCUUAGACAUCUGCCUCUACCGGCAGGCUGGAGCGUCCUAGGCACAGACUUGGACACGGGCACUUGCAAAGGCUUGGGAAUUGAACCUGGACCACAAGACACACUUUUGCACUUUGCUGCAAAGCGUGGACUACGCAAGGUAGCACUGUUUCUCCUCCAGCAACCCGGAGGAAAAGAAGCCCUCCGACUUCCCAACAAACAGGGUCGUACACCGGCCAGGGUCGCCCAGAAGAGAGGCCACACGCAGCUCCAGAAACUGCUGACGGAGGUUGACAACCAGCCUGAGUUGGAGACUAAAACGUCCAAGUGGCGUUACCCAGACGGCAGAGUUCUGCGACACCACCCCAAGCUAAACACUUACACCCUGACACUAGAGGAUGUGCCAGGGAGUCUCCCACCUAACCUUCAGUGUGAUGUGGAGGAGCUCCAACGCCUUAUGCAGUCACAUCAGAAGGAAGAUCCUCCGCCACAGCAUAAGCCAGCACUGCUAAUUCUUAACAGAAACUCAAGUGAUAAAACAGAUUGCCUACCGCCCAAUUCUCUGGAGCCUGAGUAUCAGAAACCCAACUCUGAACAAGAAGAAACCUGCGAAUCAAACAGCUCUGCCAGUGAGGAUGGAUUGUGUAUUCGUCAAAACGGCACAGGAGAUCAUGUCCAAUCGCAGGACGGGGAGGUGGAGCUUGACCCACCAGCUGUAGGGGAUACUGGGAAGGCCUCAGAUAAGGCUGACUGUUCGCAGCAGCGGGUAGAAGGCAAUUCUUUGACUUUCAGUGCCCCUUCCUGUGGAAACCAGCGGGAGGAAGCUGAUAUAGAGCUCUGCGUAGUCAGUGCCAAACAGGGGGCUGCUUCACAGCCUGAUAAAGGGAACCAAGAAGAGCAGGAGGCUUGCCAGAGGAGUUUAGAGACUGAAACAGACAAUAACCUUCAAUCUGGCAACCUUGAGUCCCAAGACAUGGGCCACGCACAAUCUCAGGGUCUCAUCCCCAUGGAAACUAGUGAGCCCUCACAAAGAGAGGAGGAGAGCGAGGGGAGUACAGAUCUUAGUUGGCGAGGGGACUUACCAGAGGAAAGGGAAGGGGAGACUAGUAGCAGCCAGGAAAUAGGCUUAAACUCUUCAGCACUUUCUUCCCAUGAUCCAGAGGAAAACAGUCAGCACGAUGACAAGACUGAGCACAAGCUGUCUACGGAAUGCUCGGUGGGAACAGAUGAAAUUAAAUUGACUUUAAUUCAGGUAAAUUCUGAGGUUACCUCAUCCGUACGAAUAGAUGAAACUGUUAUUUCUGAUGGUGUUGACAAGCCACAUAGUAGCCUAGAGACAGGAAAUCUUAGCGAACACACCAAAGGCAACACUGAGUCAGUUUCUGGUUUGGUUACGGAUGACGCUAGCAUAAAGCAGAACUCUGGAUGUAGCAUUUCAGAGGGUGAUCCUUUGGAAUUGUUAAGUCUCCUGCCAAACAUGGCACCAGGACCGGUGCAUAAGAUUCGACGAGGGCUCUCGCCUGUUACUGAGACUUCCUCUCAUGAAGGUCCAGCUGUGGAGCCCUUUUCUGAGACUACAGAAAGUUUUCAACAGCCACACCAAGUCACACAAUCUUCAGAAACCACAUUAGAAUGUCAGGAGAUUUUGUUGAAUGACACAGACUGUGACAUCAGCACAAUAACAGGGAAUUCUGUUGGCAUCACUGCGGAGAUGUCAUCUUGCCAGAUUGAUGGGUCUCUACCUGAUGGAAGCAAGGAGGAGGUAGCCCCGAAUGAGAGGAUAAACAACCCUAAGGAGAUCUUUGAAGAGCCGGAAUCAGUUAAGGACAUUGUUGUCUCACAGUUGGAUGACAAAUCAAAAUCUUCUGAUGAAUCAUCUCUGCCUGUUGACUCGGAAACCUUUAUUGUAAGUGAUUUACAACAGGAUGUGUCUACAAUACUGCAUUCUGAACAUUGUGGAGCUGAUAUAAUCAUAGGAACUCCAUUCAAAGAAGAGGCAUCUGAAACGCUUGUUCAGCCAGAUUCUACGUCCAAACUGGUUGAGCAGAUUCCUGAGGAAUAUUCUGGAGAUACCACAAAUGAAAAUCUAAUUUGUGAACCAGGGGAACCAUCGGUUCUAGUGUCCACUUUGCAAGGGGAAACGGGAUUUAAGGAUGUUGAACCAGAUGAACCACUACAGGAAAGGGAAAUUGACUCUACUUCACAGGACACAAUCAGCGAGCUCCCUGAUCCGUCGGAAAUCACACACAAUGAUUGUCCUGAAUCCAAAGCACAGUUCCAGCUCCCUGAAUCCUCCAAGGAGAGUGCAAACACACCAUUAGAACCAACUGUUGAAUGUGUGAAUGACCUAGACCGGUCUUGUGCCUCACUCCUAACAGAAAGCCAAGGUGACAGACCUUCUGAGACACCCUUCACUGAUGGAGUAAAAAUCUCUGCUGUAAUUCCUGGUGGGGAUGAAUGUGAUGACAUGGCUACCGAUAUGUGCGAGACAACUGUCUCAGGGGACAGCCCGUGCUCUGCCAUAGACACCUCCAGUGGUUCAGCUCUGGAGAGCUCCUCCAUGUCUGACCCACUCAAUGCCUCAUCCUCAACAGCUAAGCUCACUUCCCCUUUGGAUAUUAAUAGUGGAUUGCACCAGGGUUUGGAACACACUUCCCCAGUGGAUAUAGACAAUGGUUUGUCUGAGGAACUGCAGCCUUCAGAAACACCUGAGAGCCUGAAUGGAUUACAUCAAUAUAUGCCUGAUUGUUUGAUGGAGCACAGUGAAACUCUUCAGAAAUGUGCAGAGGAACCAUAUGUCGAACAAAUGACAGAUGAUGGCACUUCAGCAGAGGAUGCGGUGGACGGACACCAAGACUUUUCAGCAGACAUAGCAAAUUCCAAAGCGAUCCACAGAGAGACAGAGACGUUUUAUCCAGUUGAUGCCAGUCGAGAUGCUGGACUUGAGGAGAAGAAAUCCACUUCAGUGAUUUCAGAAUUCCCCCCUUCGACCCCCUCACCUGAGAGCGUACGUAACAAAGACUCGGCUAGCACCGUGCGAGGGUCCACCAGCGAUGGCGACUCUCUGUUUAGUCAGGACUUGGGCGAGGACAGUGUUUUUAAUAAUAAGGCUGAGGACAGCGUCACAAUCACCAGCGGUGUGUCCAUGUCCUACUCGUCCUCCACAGAUGACACCUCCAGCCUUGGGACCCCUAGUGCCUUCUCUCAGGCCAGCACAGAAGCUCCUACAUCAGACCCCUGUCAGGAAAACCCCACAUCUCCUGGAGCAUCAGGAGAAACAGAGGAGGAAGAGAAAAAGGACCGCUUGACAGAGGUCCCGGAGCGGUCGGCCAUUUUACGCACCUCCAUAAGGUCCCUGUCCCCUUUCCGCAGACACAGUUGGGGCCCAGGCAAAAAUUCAGCGGGGGAGAGUGAGAUUGGUCAACGCAGCAUGAGCUGGUGUCCUUCAGUUGUCCCGCACUCAGAAAACGACGAAAUAAAUGGAAGAAGUUACAGCCUGGAAGGACUUGUAGCAGAGAAGGAAGGAAGGAAAAGCCUUAAUCAGUGCAUGGGGGAGGCCAACCAGGAAUCGAACUGUCCGUCGAAGCUGGAAAGAGAAGAGAGAGGCUCACUUGUGUCCCUGACAGAAGAGGAACAGGAAUCAGACCUGGGCGAAUGCAGCAGUUUGGACAGUCAGAAGUCCAUCCAGUCUGGACGAAGAUGUGUCCCACCUUCACAACCCUUUCUCACCAAGUCUGUCUCCAUGUUGGCCAUCAGUCACAAAGAUCUGGAUGCAAUCGGACGGCCGCGACCCAAGCGACGAAUCUCCUUCUCCUUCAGCAUCUCGCCCAUGCUCCCCAAAUCUAAAACACUCUUUUCUAUUGGCUCUUCAUCCAGUGAUGAGGAGGAGGCUGUCAGUACAUCAGGAUCGUUAGAGUACAGUAUAUCAGAGGAGGAUCCGGGGCCGUUGCGGAGUGACAGUGAAGGAAAAGUUGGAGGAACCAAAGUGAGCAGGACCUUCAGUUACCUCAAGAGCAAGAUGAGCAAGAAGAACAAGGAGAAGGAGAAGGACAAGAAUAAGGAGCGUGAGCGAGAUGCCAAAGACAAGGAGAAGAGAGCCUCAAACGGGCAUCUCUUCACUGUGGUCAUGACAGUACCCACAAUCCCCUGCCAGCAGUGCAACAAACCCAUCAACACUAGAGAUGCCUUCCUCUGCACCAAUUGCAAUGCACAAGUCCACAAAGGCUGCAGAGAGAGUCUUCCUGUUUGUGCCAAGGUCAAAAUGAAGCAGCAAAAACAGCAGCAGACCGUUCCAGAUUCUGCCUCGACGUCUGGUGUCACGCUUAGAAGUAAAACCCUGCCAGCACGGGAUCGUCCAUGGUCUGCCAUCUCCAUUCCCGAUGAUCAACCCGCUCCUCUCGCCCCUCCUCGGAAAAGCCCCAGCAGUAUCAUGUCUUUCAACAGCAACCCGCUGUCUAAGAGCAUGUCCAUUAAUAACAUUGCAGGACAAAUGGAAGACCCUCCUCUAAAGAGCCUGAAGUUUCUGUCCCAAUCGACCGACUCUCUUCACAAGACCAGUAAAGUCAGUGAGUCCACAGAAUCUCUUACUGAUGAGGGUACAGAGAUGAUGGACAGUCAGUUGAUGGGAGAGUUUGAAGCUGAUGCCAAAGAUCUGGAAGCAGAUUCAUGGAGUUUUACAGUGGAUAAGAAAUUCCUGAAACAGCUUAAAAAGGAUGUUAUCAAGAGGCAAGAUGUCAUCUAUGAACUCAUCCAGACAGAAAUGCACCACGUGAGGACCUUGAAGAUUAUGGCUGAUGUUUACAGUAAAGGGCUACUAAGAGAGGUUCAACUGGAGGUUCAGACUGUAGAGAAGAUGUUCCCCAUGUUAGAUGAUGUUCUGGACUUGCACACACAGUUCUUCUCACAGUUGCUCGAAAGGAAGAAAGAGUCAGGGAGCCAGGAAGAGGGUGGCUUUGUAAUCCGAAAGAUUGGUGAUGUGCUGGUCUCUCAGUUCUCAGGUUCCAGUGCCGAGAGAAUGAAGAAGGUCUAUGGGAAGUUCUGCAGUAGACACAAUGAAGCUGUGAACUUCUACAAGGAGCUUCACACCAAAGACAAACGUUUUCAAGCUUUCAUCAAGAAAAAGAUGAGCAGCCCUGUUGUCCGACGGCUAAGCAUUUCUGAGUGUAUAUUGUUAGUCACACAACGAAUAACAAAGUAUCCUGUCUUACUACAGAGAAUACUGCAGCACACGAAAGAAAAUGAAGACGACCAUGCAGAUGUAACCCAAGGUCUGAAGUUGGUGAAGGAGGUGAUUGCUGCCGUGGACAAUAAAGUGAAUGAGCAUGAGAAGAAAAAGAGGCUAAAGGUAGUGUACAGCCGGACGGACAGCAAGUCCAUCAUGAGGAUGAAAAGUGGGCAAAUGUUUGCCAGAGAGGAUCUGCUACGUGGGCAGAAGUUAAUUCACGAUGGGCCACUACAGCUCAAGAACUCUGCGGGCAGACUCAAGGAUGUCCAGGCUUUGCUGCUGAGGGACGUGAUUGUGUUCCUACAGGAGAAAGAUCAGAAAUAUAUUUUCGCAUCCUUGGACCAGCGCUCCACUGUCAUCUCCCUGCUGAAACUCAUCGUGAGGGAAGUAGCCAAUGAGGAGAAAGGAUUGUUCCUGAUAACGGCAGGCAUUGAGAAGCCUGAGAUGGUAGAAGUAUACGCCAGCUCUAAGGAGGAGAGGAACACAUGGAUGCAGCUCAUUCAGGAGGCCAUGCAGUCAAUGGAGGGAGAUGAUGAUGAAGGUGUGCCUAGUGAAAACGAAGAGGACCGAAGACUUCAAGAAAUCAAAGUCAAGGAGUUGAGAGAUCAGCUGCAUAAGAGGGAUGAGCAGAUCUUGACUUUACUGGAGGAGAAAGUGAAGUUGUUCAGGGACAUGUGCGACUGUGGCUUACCAGACGAGACCGGCCUUCGCAACCGAAUGCUCUUCAGGGCCACACCCGAUGACAUCACCAAAGGAGAACCAAUCAUGAAGGAGGCUCUGAAGGAAGUUGAAACAUUACAGGUUCUGGUAAACAACAGUCUAGGAGGAGCGGUGCAGGAUGGCGUAUGUGCGGCGGGGCCCGUGACUUUGCCACGACGGGCGGAAACCUUCGGAGGCUUUGAUAGUCACCAGAUGAACAUCUCAAAGAGUAAAGAUGGAGACAGAGAGGAGACUGAAGACUCUGCAGAGCUCCGAAGGACUGAGUCAGACAGCGUUCUAAAGAAGGCAAACCACGCCAAUCCCCUGCUCCUACUCAAGAGGAACAAUGAGCAGGUUCUUCAGAGCGUCGCUCAGCUCCAUGACCUGCUGAACACAUUACAGGUGAGUCAUUCUCUUUUUGUCUUAUUUCUCGCUCUCUGCUGUUCAGACCAGCAGCUUUCAUCUGCAGCACGACAGAAGGAAAUGAAAUGACCAAAUGCAGGGGUUUAUUUUGCAGGCUUGUAAUCAAGCAGAGUGCAUUAUGAUGUAUUAAGAUGCACUCUGAUAGAUUUGUACUACUAUUAAAGGGAUAGU